AAUUCCCAUGGAUUGAGGCCGUAGACCUGAGUACUCUCACGAUGUUCCGUAGCGCUAACGUAUGAUAUUUGGGAUUGCAAGGAAGUGAAGGGUAGCGGCAAGGGACAAAAAAGUGUCGUUUAUCGAGGAAAUACCUGAAAAUACCUCGAGAACAUAAUAAACUCUUCGAUCGAUCAAUAUUAGCGUUUACGGUAAUUCUUAGGAGCGGAAGAUUGACAGGUAUUUAAAGUCGCACCACCAACCCAGACUCUUUCAGGAUUCAGUCUAGCGACAGAAAAGGUCAAGACAGUGCUUCGCUAUGAGCUUCUUACAACGAUCCAAGACCGCACCCGAUACAAUUCACCCUGGCCCCGUUCGAGUAGCUCGCUCAGUCUCUCACGAGCAGAUAUUGCCGUCCAAGAAGAAGCAGCCGCUCAACGAGACGGCAUCUAGUUCUAGGGUGUGGGCCCAACGACGACCCCAGAAAAAAGGCGGGUAUAUGCAGGGCUGGGGCCCCUCUGAAGAAGAGUGGGAUUGGCUGAAAGAACGGGAGGCCCGGCAGGGUGUAAGCGAGGAGGAGGUCGAGGAGACCAUCAGGAAGGAAGACAAAAUGGGUAUUCUGUUCCUAUCUCAAUUGUUCGGAUGGGGCGAUGAGGAAAAGAUCAUGUCACCGUACGACGAUGAAUUUGGCGCCCAAGACCAUGAAUCCUUGUAUCUCGCCUUGAGUGCACGGCGGGCAGAGGCAUCAACAGCGAUGACGGCGUCGACGACGGGCAGCCGCGUUGGAGAACAGCUAUUUUGCGUCGAGUAGAGUGUUCGGGGUCUAGUCACGUGUAUGAUAUUGUGACCGUAAUACAAAAUUGUGACAUUUUUGUAUUCU